AUGCUCAUCAUCGGCCUAACCGGCUCCAUAGCCACCGGCAAAUCCACCGUCUCGUCCAUCCUCUCCUCGCCGCCGUACUCGCUCCCCAUCAUUGACACGGACAUUCUCGCCCGCAAGGUCGUCGAGCCCGGCACUCCAGGCUACAAAGCCAUCGUCAGCUACUUCGGGCCCAGCACGCCGGACCUGCUGCUGCCCGCGGCGCCCGACGACCCCAGCGGCGCGCGGCGCGCGCUGAACCGUCCGGCGCUCGGCCGCCGCGUGUUUGGCACCUCCGAGGAGCGCAAACGCGACCGCAUGAUCCUCAACAAGAUCGUGCACCCGGCCGUGCGCUGGGAGGUCUAUAAGGCGCUGCUGUACUACUUCCUCCGCGGACACUGGGCCGUCGUGCUGGACGUGCCGCUGCUCUUCGAGAGCGGCAUGGACGUCAUCUGCGGCACCGUCGUGGUGGUCGGCGUGUCGGAUCCGAAGGUGCAGAUGGCGCGGCUGCGCGCGCGCGACCCGCAUCUGUCGGCGGAGGAUGCGGAGAACCGCGUCAGCAGCCAGGGCGAUGUCAAGGGGAAGGUGGAGAAGGCGGAGUUCCGCGGGACGGCGCGCGCGCGCGGCGUCAUCGUGUGGAAUGAUGGCGAUAAGGAGGAGCUCGAGAGGGAGGUGCAGCGGGCGGUGCGGGCGAUCGGCGCGACGAGUCCGCGCUGGUGGGCGUGGUUGUUGCUGUUGGCGCCGCCGUUGGGGAUCGGCGUCGCGGCGUGGAAUCUGGUGCUGAAUUAUCUGACGCAGCGGCGGUGGGAGAGGAAGGAGCGCGAGGAGAGGGCUAGGCUGUAG